GUGUAGUUUCUCUGACCGCGUGCCUACUCGUAGUCAUAGAGUGUAAUGCUACCGCUGUGCAAUUUUUAUAGAACACCAUGUGCCAAACGUUAAAUUUUUUAUUAUUGAUUUUUGCAGUUAUUAACAAGUAUAAUACAUAAAUGUAAUCCAAUAUGUUUAAGACUGUGUGUUUAUUAUAAAAGUUAAGUGGCCCAAACUGAAAGAAGCUUAAAAAAUACUUUCUAGUAAUUACUUCUAAAGUUUUGUGGGUAACUAAAAUCAUGCUCGGAGAACAUGGUCAGUAUAAAUCGGUUCCAACUGUAAUGGAUAAUGAUGAUUACGGAUCGGAAAAUGCAAAAAGAUUCACUGUGGACUCUAUAUUGCAAAUACGAGAUACAGUGAUCGACAGACAUCCAUACGAAGGCAAUACUGAAUCAAAUAUAGAUAGUGAUAAUCAACGGAAAGGUAAGCCAAGAAGAAACCGAACUACAUUUUCAAGUUGUCAGUUAAGAGCAUUAGAAAAAGUGUUUGAAAGAACACACUACCCAGACGCCUUUGUCCGGGAAGAAUUAGCUAGAAGAGUAUGCCUAUCAGAGGCAAGAGUUCAGGUAUGGUUUCAAAAUAGACGAGCAAAAUUUAGACGAAAUGAAAGAAGUUGUAUUGCAAGGACAAGUCCAGUAUCAAUUAUAACUGAUAGAACUUUAAAUAUUGAACAACCGCUUUUGGCUAGAUCAACUCCUACUGUUCAUUCGGAAUCAUUUACAAAUUCUAGUUUUGGUGGACUCCUGGAGUACUCAGGAUGGAAAGCAAACAGCCUAAAUCAUUGUGGUGUGUUCCAACAUUCUACUAACACGCAUAGCUAUCAUCCAACUUUCCUACCAGUAAAUGAAUCCCAUAUGAAUACUUCAAUGGCUGCUAUACCAGUUUCCAACUGUUUGAUACCAAAUCAUCAUUCAAAUUAUGUUGUAUCAUCAAAUUUAAGCAAUAUGAGAAUUCGUCCACAAGACUAUUACUUAGAUUCACACAUUUAAUUUAAAAUAAAUAUACUUAAUAUGGUAUACUGUUUUUACCUAAUUGUUAUUGUUAUGUUAAUUACUAGGGAUCAGUUGUUUUUACAUUUGUAUUUAUUUUAAUGUCACUAACAAUGGAAAUUUAAACUGUCAUUUUUAUACAAUAUAAUUAUUUUUUAAGUAUUUAAUAGUUUUAAAACAUUUAAUGAAGUAUUAUUCAA